GGGCGCAUGAGCGAGGUGCGCAGAGGCUGCGGAGGCUCCGCGGCCGGCCGGGGCAGCCUCCAGCGCCGCAGGAGCCCAGCCCGGGCCGCUCCCGCAGGAGUGCUUCUGAACCACAGUCCAGAAAGAAGAAAAAUCUUCUUGGUUGAAGUUGAACAUUUGUCUCUAGGAGUAAGAGCAAAGCCAUGCCAGUGCUUUCAGAAGACUCAGGGUUGCAUGAAACUUUGGCCCUUUUGACAUCUCAGUUAAGACCUGAUUCAAAUCAUAAAGAGGAAAUGGGAUUCCUUAGGGAUGUCUUCAGUGAAAGGAGUCUCAGCUAUCUGAUGAAGAUUCAUGAAAAGCUCCGUCAUUAUGAAAGACAGAGCCCAACUCCUGUUUUACAUAGUGCAGCAGGAUUAGUUGAAGAUGUAAUAGAAGAGUUGCAGACAGCACCAGUGAAUAAUGAAGAAAAAGAGCUGCUUCAGCUGUUGUCAACUCCACAUCUCAGGGCAAUGCUUGUAGUACAUGACACUGUAGCACAGAAGAACUUUGACCCAGCUCUUCCACCUCUACCUGAUAAUUUUGAUGAUGAUUUUGAUGAGGAAUCAGUGAAAAUUGUUCGGCUAGUGAAAAAUAAAGAACCCUUGGGAGCUACCAUCAGAAGAGAUGAACACACAGGAGCUGUGAUUGUAGCAAGGAUCAUGAGAGGUGGUGCAGCUGAUCGCAGUGGUCUUGUCCAUGUUGGAGAUGAACUAAGAGAAGUCAAUGGUAUUACUGUGCUUCACAAACGACCAGAAGAAAUAAGUCAGAUUUUGGCUCAGUCUCAAGGGUCAAUAACAUUGAAGAUAAUUCCAGCCAUCAAAGAGGAAGAUCGUCUAAAAGACAGCAAGGUGUUUAUGAGGGCACUUUUCUGCUAUAACCCCAAAGAAGACAGAGCCAUUCCUUGCCAGGAGGCCGGGCUGCCGUUCAAACGCCGCCACGUGCUGGAAGUUGUGAGCCAGGAUGAUCCCACGUGGUGGCAAGCCAAGCGUGUUGGGGAUACCAACCUCAGAGCAGGCUUGAUCCCCUCAAAACAGUUCCAAGAAAGACGACUGAAUUACAGGAGAGCAACAGGCACUCUGCAGAAUACCAGAACUCUGAAGAAACCGUUAUAUGAUCAGUCUUCUGACAAAGAAGACUGUGACUGUGAAGGAUAUUUCAAUGGACACUAUAUAGCUGGUUUACGCAGGAGCUUUAGGUUAAGUCGUAAAGAGAAGGAAAACAAUGGCAAUGAGGGCAAGCAAGCAGAGCAGGCAGAUGGAGCAGAGUUCCUCACCUAUGAAGAAGUCACAAAAUAUCAGCAACAGCCUGGUGAACAGCAGAGGCUGGUGGUUUUGAUUGGUUGUUUGGGGGCCAAGUUAAGUGAGCUCAAGCAAAAAGUUGUGUCAGAGAACCCCCAGGAGUAUGGUGUUGCAGUUCCACAUACAACAAGGUCAAGGAAAAGUCAUGAGAGAGAGGGAGUAGAAUACAAUUUUGUUUCUAAGCAAUCAUUUGAGACAGAUGUGCAGCAAAACAAAUUUGUGGAACAUGGAGAAUACAAAGAAAAUUUGUAUGGCACAAGUCUGGAGGCAAUCCGGUCCGUGAUGGCCAAAAAGAAGGUUUGUUUGGUGGAUGUGGUCCCUGAAGCAGUAAAGCACUUGAGGACUCCUGAGUUUAAGCCUUAUGUUAUCUUUGUGAAGCCUCUCAUUUCAGAAAAGAAAAAACAUGCCUUAAAAUCUCACAUGUCAGAAGAAAUCUCAUCCCCCCUUCAGGAUGAAGAACAGCAGGAAAUUAUUAAUUCAGCAGCAUUCAUUGAAGAGCAGUAUGGCCAUUUAAUUGACACUGUACUGGUGAAAGAAGAUCUCCAGAGUGCAUGUAAUGAGCUGAAAACUGUGUUAGAUAAACUAAACAAGGAUUCAUUUUGGGUGCCAGUCAGCUGGGUUAGGUCAUAGCUUCUUACCAUGUUUAAGAGAAAGACUGUAUAAAAAUGUUUUGUAAAUACAUGAAUUAGAAAAGGCAAGUACAUUGAAUUUGCUUCAAAACUGCUGGCCUUACCUAGAAGGCAAUAAAUAAAGACUGUAUGACGAAACAGUAAACUCACAAGCUGACACUGCCUUUCUGAGUCAAAUUUUUGAAUAGCAGCUGUCAUUUGGAAGUUGACACUCAGACCAAGUAAGCCAGUCCAGUCUUUUACUGAUCUUUAGACUGGAAAUUGUGCAUUUUGUUACAGUGGAGUUUCACAAAGGGUCCCACACUUCCAAAGCAUUUUGUGCUGAGACACUGACAAGAUGGAAGCUUUGUCCUUUGGCCACAAGUCUAGCCACAAAUUUUAUGGCUAGAUUUAAAACCUCAGAAUAAAGUACCCUUGGGAAAAAGCUCCUUCAGCUGGAUGGUAAGUGUUCUUUGGGGAGAGGUUACACCCUGCCAGUUACUCAGAAGUCCAACUGGCCAGCAAAACAUGCUUCCCUUCACACAGAAGCAUUCAUUGCAAAUCCUUUAGUUAGGCAUUAAAAACCAGGCCAGCUACAGAAGGGUUUUUUUAAUGUCCAUCACAUUUCCCAGUACUCCAAGUUGUCUUGCACAGGUCCCAGGUGUUAGUCUGCUCAGCCACAGCUUAUGCCCACUUUCCCAGUCACAAAUGCUGAACACCCUGAGAGAGUGUACCUGUAUGACUGGCCAGCUCAUAGAACAUAGAUUUUUAUAGUGUACAUGACAACAACUGCAUAUGGUUCUAAAACAGGACAGUUAAGAAGCUUUGUUCCUGCAAAACAUCUUUGCUUGUGCUGCCUGGUGGGACAGCCUUGACACCAAUGGAACAGCUCCAAAAAGGGCACUGAAAGGAGGAGCUACAGGUCAAAAUCAUCAUCCUUCCAGCAUUUAUGACUACUUCUGUUCCAAAUCUGGUUUCCAAAGCAUCUGAUUGGCCUGAAGAAGAAAACUGGUAGAGGACCUUUUAUAUAUUUGAGGAGACUUGAAUAUCCAGUAUUUUUGAGUGGGUCUUAGGAAGAUGCAGAGAUGAUUCUGCUGUGCUUUAUACUUGGGGAUUGGAGGGGAGAGCAUUGUACAGGUGCAUGUUAGCUGCAACUAGUUCCUGUUUUCACUUGCCUGCUGAGGUCUAAUAUUUCCUGUGUAUUGUGCCCUUUAAACAAGACCUUUUGGUGUACCAGUCUUGUUCCUUAUAUCUUAACAGAUGAUGUUAUUCUUGUUCCAUGACAUUUAGCAGAACUAAAAGUUGCAUAUUAAAAGUACAUUUCUUACA